CACACAGGGCUAAACUGCUUCAUACUCUACACUACAACCGUAUUACAGCCUAUACUGUUUCCUCUACUGCAGAUACAAUACAAAAACCUCUGUACCUGCUGAGUUUUAAUGAGGCUACCACCCUGACGGCAGCUUGAAGCUUUCCUAGGAAAUGUUCAUUACGUUGGGGCUUUUUAUGGAGUUUUCUUAAAUGCCCCACUUCUCCACCAGUCCACCAGACUGAUGAAGAUGCACUCCCAAGGACUUCAGGAGCUGAACUGAAAGCAUAAUGGAGUGAUAUCACUACCACACUCAGCCCCUCCUGAAUGGACAGGAGUGAUGGUGAAGUCGUCUCCGUCUCCUUCUCCAGCGUUUUUGCACAUCAGUGAUAAAGACCUGACUGAGAUUGAACUGCACUCUGUGGACUCCAUCAGUGACCUGCACCGCACUCACAUAGAGCAGCACAGCAAAGGUGUCAGACCACCUCGUCCACAACCUCCAUCCACCAAUGGAAAUCUUCAGAUGCUGGAGAGGCCGGUUGUCUUUCAAACAGGGCAUCAGAGGAGAAAGUCUCAUUUGAAUCAGCUCAGCAGUGUGUGUGCUCUCUCUAGGAGGCGCUACUCUUUGGUGUGUGCAGCUGUAAUUCUCAUCCUCCUCACUCUUAUCCUCAUCUUCUGCUUCUUAGUUCAGCAGAGCAGAGCUCUAACCAGCCUAUCAGAGGUGGUGCGGCACAGGCAGGAAACAGCUGACGAACUCUUGCUCCUCCUUCAGGAGCUCCAAGCUCUGCGCAGAAACAUGUCUGCAACAAGGAAUGCCCACUGACUACACUGUAGCAUGUAGAAUUACUUAAUCAUACUGGAGAAAAGAUGUGAUUUUGUGUCUUUAAAGCAGAGGUUAAUGAACUGGAGGUGAACAGAUUCAGAACGGUGAGAGAGCAAUUAAAAAGUAGAAUUACUUAUAUUCUAUACCAUAAAAUAACACUAUAAAUCAAGCCUACCAAUGCAUUAGUAAUAAAAUGCAUGUUUGCAUAUGUGUUACAUGUCCUCAAUUAAAAUCUGGCCAAAAAGAUCUUUUUUUAUCUAGCAGCUAGAAUUAAAAGAUUUACUUUGCUGCCCUGAUUUGGGGUUUUGGUUUAGAAUGUGGACUAAUGUUACCAAGUUUGAGCUUAAUGUUUCAUAUAAAGGGGUCUUUCUUAUUUAGAAAACUUUUAAAGCCAGGCCUGUGUCAUGAAAACUCAUGUAUUGAGGGCCACUGUUAUGUGACGUGGAACAACUGACCUCUAUGAAGCAAAGCUGAGCUUUAUAGAUACCCUGCUUUGGCCCAUGACUAACACUAAAUAUGACUAUAUCCUUUUAGAUUUUUCUUUUUUAAACUUUGCAUUAUUAAACCACUAAGAAAGUCAUUGAGAGGGGUUUGAUGUGAGAUGCUUCAUUCUUGGAAAACAUAGAGUUGUCUUUAGACAAAAUGGUUAGUGGUGCCUGAUGCCUGAGACGUCAUUUUAUGAUUUUCUUUUUUAGAAUUUGAGAGAUUUUGUUCUCUUGCUUAUUCCCAGGUUUUCAGUGUGCUCUCAGACUUCUGAACCCCACUGUAAGUAGAGUGAAAUAACUCUUAACUGUAUUAAAGGACUACAUUUUAUGAAACAUGUACAUAAGGACCAUGCUGUGUUUGGACAGAACCAGUGAUUUGUAUAAAUAAAGAAUGAUAAGCAAAUGCUCAUGCUCUAACUGAUUUAUUAAAAGGUGGCCAGUUUGAUUAAUAAUAAUAAUGCCCAGCAACAAACAAAAAUGUGGGUCCAACCUGGUAAGGGAGUAAAAGACGAACUGAUCUCUAAAUGGCAAAAAGAUAAAACAUUUUUUUUCAACCUUUUAAGCAACCUUUUUAGUGUAUUAUUUUUGUUUUGUACAAUUUUAAACUGAAAUAAGGAAAGGAGCACCCUAUGAGAUUUGAGAACUUUUACCAAUGUAUCAUACCCUCAUUAGCUUGUUGGUGCUAUAGCUUAUUCACAAUCAUUGUUAGGACAGGCUCCUCAGACCUUGUCCCAACAAUCAGCAGCCGUUUGUUCUCUCAGCAGCUGCCCAACACUCUGAAAAGUAAAAUAGCUGAUGCCCACAAAGCAGGAGAAGGCUAUAAGAGGAUAGCAAAGUGUUUUUAUGUAGUUGUUAACACCCGUAGUGUAGUGGUUAACACCUCUGCCUUCUACACUGUAGACUAGGGUUUAAUCCCCUGCCUGGGUAAACACCCUACAAUAUACCAUUAAGUGUCCUUGGGCAAGACUGCUAACAGUGCCUUCGCCUACCUGUGUAAAAAUACUCAAAUUGUAUGUCGCUCUGGAUAAGAGCAUCAGCCAAAAUGCCGUAAAUGUAAAUAAGCUGAAUGUAAAAAGAGCAUGGUAAAAGGGUAAUGAGCCUAAUCAAUCACCUCAACAUCCACAAUGGGCUACCUCAAGAGAUGCAACCUGAAGGUUUUGCUAUGGCCCUCACAGCAUCAUUGAAAAUAUGUUGCUAGACAUCAAAAAGAGCAGCGCAUGUAAGACGGCUCAAGAAUCUCACAGAACUAUAAGAC